GCUAUUUAUUCAGGUUUGAGCAGCAAUGGCUGAGUUCAGAGACCACGACUGGGCCUUAGAGCCCAUUCCCACCCGACAAGACGAUAUAUCUCCACCACCACAAGCCAGACCCCGUGAAGACAGCACCCUAUCACAACACAUAAGCCCCGAAGCCAGAGCAGAGCUAGCGCGCGUUGCAUCGAAAUUUCCCAGACGCCAUGGCUCCGCCGACUCUGGAGUCAGUGGAAUGGAUAAUAGCAUCCACCGACGAGAUACACUGGAAGGCAUCGAGAUCGGAGAUCCAGUUCUUGAUCCGACGAGCGAGAAGUUCGAUCACUACAAGUGGGCGCGCAUGAUGCUGAAGCUUAUGGAUAAAGAGGGGUUUCCUAGGCCGCCGUCCACUGGGGUAGUCUUUGAGAAUCUAAAUGUUUCGGGGUCGGGGUCUGCGUUGCAGUAUCAGAAUAAUGUGGGGUCUGUGGUGUUGGCGCCGUUCCGGCCACAGGAGUAUCUUAGCUUUAUUCGUUCUGGACCGGAGAAGCAGAUCUUGCGCAAUUUUGAUGGUCUAUUGAGAAGUGGUGAGUUGCUUCUCGUGCUUGGACGACCUGGAAGCGGAUGCUCGACAUUACUCAAGAUUUUAUCUGGUGAACUUCACGGCCUCAAACUUCGGAAUAGCUCCGAAAUUCAAUACAACGGGAUAUCAAUGGAGAGGAUGCACACGGAAUUCAAGGGUGAAGUUCUUUACAACCAAGAAGUCGACAGACACUUCCCUCACUUGACGGUUGGGCAGACUUUGGAAUUUGCUGCUGCGGCAAGGACUCCUGAGCAUCGGUUGCGUGAGAUCAGCCGGAAGGAGUUCUCGAAGCAUAUUACGCAGGUUGCGAUGGCGGUUCUUGGGCUGUCGCAUACGUAUAAUACCAAGGUGGGUGAUGAGUAUAUCAGAGGUGUGUCAGGAGGUGAAAGGAAGCGCGUUAGUAUUGCUGAGAUGGCGUUAUCCGGGGCCCCCCUUGGUACAUGGGACAACAGCACUCGAGGCCUCGACUCCGCAAGUGCCCUAGAAUUCGCAAAAGCCCUGCGAGUCGCUGGCAGCCUAGCCGGCACAGCCCACGCCGUUGCAAUCUACCAAGCAUCACAGGCAAUCUACGACAUCUUCGACAAAGUAACUGUCCUAUACCAAGGUCGACAAAUUUACUUCGGCCCCUGUGACCAAGCAGUCGAUUACUUCACCGAAAUGGGCUGGUACCGUCCACCGCGCCAAACAGCAGGUGAUUUCCUAACUGCUGUUACCAAUCCCCAGGAACGCCAAGUUCGAGAAGGCAUGGAGGACCGGGUCCCGCGUACUGCUGAUGACUUUGCAGAAUACUGGAAGAAGAGUCCUCAGUAUGAGGCGCUGAAACAGGAGAUUGCGGAGUAUCGUGAGCAAUUCCCGCCGGGUGGGCAGCAGGAGGUGGAUUUUGGAGAGGUCAAGCGGUUUAGGCAGGCGAAGCAUGUGAGACCGAAGAGUCCGUAUGUUAUUUCGAUUCCGAUGCAGGUUAGGCUUUGUACGAUUCGGGCUUAUCAGAGGAUUUGGAACGACAAACCCUCGACAUUGACAACGCUUAUUGGUCGGAUUGUUAUGUCUUUGAUUAUCGGUUCGAUAUACUACGGGACGCCAAAUGCUUCAGUUGGUUUUCAGAGUAAAGGUGCUGCUCUGUUCUUUGCUGUAUUGAUGAAUGCCCUCAUUAGUAUCACCGAGAUCAACUCGCUUUAUGAUCAACGGCCGAUCAUCGAGAAACAGGCAUCAUACGCUUUCGUACAUCCAUUCGCUGAAGCAUUUGGUGGCAUCGUAUCCGACAUUCCUGUCAAAUUCGUCUCUGCGGUAGUGUUCAACAUUAUCUUUUACUUUCUGGCUGGAUUGCGAUACGAACCAUCACAAUUCUUCAUCUUCUUCCUAUUCACAUUCAUCAGCACGCUUGCAAUGUCCGGAAUAUUCCGAACCUUGGCUGCAUCGACCAAAACCCUCGCCCAAGCAAUGUCCAUGGCCGGUGUCCUAGUACUAGCCAUCGUGAUAUACACAGGCUUCGUCAUUCCCGUCCCGCAAAUGAGUUCUGUUCCAUGGUUCAGUUGGAUCCGGUUUAUCAAUCCAGUAUUCUACACAUUCGAAGCAUUGGUUGCAAACGAGUUUCACGGGCGACGGUUUACGUGCUCGCAAUUCAUCCCUGGGUAUGAUAACCUGAGUGGUGAUUCCUUCAUAUGCUCAGUUCGGGGUGCUGUUCCUGGAGAAAGGACGGUCUCUGGAGAUGCCUACAUCGAAUCCCAGUACACCUACACAUACGCGCACGAAUGGAGAAACUUCGGAAUCCUAAUAGGAUUUUGGAUCUUCUUCAUGGCCACUUACUUGAUCGCCACAGAACUUAACUCCGCAACCACAUCCAAAGCCGAAUUCCUCGUCUUCCGUCGCGGCCAUGUCCCACCUCACCUACGCAACAUCGACAAACGCCAAGGAGGAGAAAACCCAACAGAAGCACCCGAAACCCACAAAGAAGAUAAACCGGAAGAAGAAACAACGGAUGUAAUCCCAACUCAGAGUAGUAUCUUUACCUGGCGGAAUGUCUGCUACGAUAUCCUUGUCAAAGGAGGUGAACGUCGACUUCUGGAUAAUGUCUCUGGUUGGGUAAAGCCUGGUACACUCACUGCUUUGAUGGGUGUUUCGGGUGCUGGGAAGACUACUUUGCUUGAUGUGCUGGCUAAGAGGGUGUCGAUUGGUGUUGUUACUGGAGAUAUGCUUGUGGAUGGGAAGCCACUUGAUAAUAGUUUUCAGAGGAAGACGGGAUAUGUUCAGCAGCAGGAUCUGCAUCUUUCGACAACUACUGUGAGGGAGGCGCUCCGUUUCAGUGCGUUUCUACGCCAGCCCAAGACUGUGCCAAAAAGUGAAAAGUACAAGUACGUUGAAGAGGUUAUCGAAAUGCUGAGCAUGCAGGAAUUCGCAGAUGCAAUUGUCGGAAGUCCGGGUGAGGGCUUGAACGUCGAACAGCGAAAACUACUAACAAUUGGAGUCGAGCUUGCCGCGAAGCCAGCAUUGUUGAUCUUCCUUGAUGAGCCUACUAGUGGUCUGGACUCGCAGAGUUCGUGGGCCAUCUGCGCGUUUCUGCGAAAACUUGCGGAUCAUGGACAGGCUGUUCUUUCUACGAUUCACCAGCCCAGCGCAUUGUUGUUCCAAGAAUUCGAUCGGCUGCUUUUCCUGGCCAAAGGAGGAAGGACUGUUUACUUUGGUGACAUUGGCAAGGAUUCAAGAACGUUGCUUGAUUACUUCGAGACCAAUGGAGCGAGAGCGUGUGGAUCAUCUGAGAACCCUGCCGAAUACAUCCUCGAAAUUAUCGGAGCAGGCGCCUCUGGAAAAUCCAAUCAAGACUGGCCAUCAGUCUGGAACGACAGCCAACAAGCAAAAGAGGUGCAAGGUGAACUUGACAAAAUCCAUGAAGAGCGGUCUUCAGGACUCGACGACGACGGUGCCGUCGAACAGACGGAAUAUGCCAUGCCUUUUACUAACCAGUUGUGGCAUGUAACGAAUCGUGUGUUCCAGCAGUACUGGCGAGAGCCGUCUUACGUUUGGGCUAAGCUUAUUCUUGCUACGGCGUCGUCGCUUUUUAUUGGAUUUACUUUUUUCAAGCCUGAUAGCUCGCUUAUAGGGUUUCAGUCUGUGUUGUUCAGUGCUUUCAUGCUUACAUCCGUCUUUUCAACUCUAGUCCAACAAAUCAUGCCCAAAUUCGUCGUCCAACGAUCCCUCUACGAAGUCCGCGAACGACCCUCAAAAGCCUACUCCUGGGCCGCCUUCCUCAUCGCCAACGUCCUCGUCGAAAUCCCCUACCAAGUCUUCGCCGGAAUCAUAGCCUGGGCAUGCUACUACUACCCGAUCUACGGCGCCAGCCAAGCAAGCCACCGCCAAGGCCUCAUGCUCCUCUUCGUGAUCCAGUUCUACAUGUUUACUUCGACAUUCGCUUCGCUUGUUAUUGCCGCUCUGCCGGAUGCAGAGACGGGAGGCACUAUUGCUACGCUGAUGUUUAUGUUGACGCUGGUGUUUAACGGUGUGAUGCAGCCGCCGGAUGCGUUGCCUGGGUUUUGGAUUUUUAUGUACCGGGUUUCGCCGCUGACUUAUUUGAUUGCUGGUCUUACGGCGACGGGGCUGCAUGGGCGGGGUAUUGAAUGUGCGAGCGAGGAGUUGAGCGUGUUUAAUCCUCCGUCUGGGAUGACAUGCGGCGACUAUCUAAGCUCAUACCUCCAGUACAGCCCCGGCCAGCUGUACAACCCAACCGCCACGCAGAACUGCCAGUUCUGCCAGUUGCAGAAUGCGGAUCAAUACCUCGCUAGCAGUAACAUCUCAUACGGUGAUCGCUGGCGCAACUGGGGCAUAGGCUGGGCAUACAUCGGAUUCAACAUCUUCGGCACUGUGGCGCUAUACUACAUAUUCCGGGUAAAGCAUUAUAAUCCGACGACGCUGAUUGGGUGGGUUGUGGAUGGGGCUAGGGUUGUUUGUAGGGUGUUCAAGAGAAGGUCUGGGAUUACGCCGAAGGGGAGGGAGGCGGAUAAUGGGCGGUUGUAUUAGUUGUGGUAGAUUUAAGGGGGUAUGUGUUUACUGGGAGUUGUUGUUGUUAGUUAGGCUGUGAUAUAUGGCUUUAAUAA